UCUGAAAAGAAGGGAAGCAGUCUGAUUCAUGAAUAAAAAUCCGGGUGCAAGAGUACAACAAACAAUAGUCCAUAAAAAAGCUAAGAUGUAGACAAAUGUUUACAAAGACAUCUGUUGCUAUGUGUAUUUCAAACACUGUUUGCGAAGAUUUCUGAUAAUUGCAUAUAUAUACUCGUGUGGGGGGCUGGCAAGUUGCACGGCACCAACAGAACCUCAGCGACGCCUCAGUGAAUUGCCGUGAGGAAGGAAGAUUUUAUCAGGAUCAGAAGUAAACGUGGACCAGAUCGUGCACAACACUCAGCCAAACUGCAAUAGAAUAAGAAUGUCUAACAAGGCGACAAUAGCAUUCAUAGUUGUGUACGGGAUCAUAAUGCAUUGCAGUGUCUGCUGUUCACAGACUGGAGUCAAGUACCCAGGACUCAGGAUUGAAGAUGAAGCGUACGACGAGAAGGGAAACUCUCUACCGGAUUACGAAACUGACGGGAAUGGGAUUCGAAUCCCUUCUUCGAUGAUUGAUGAUGUGAACGCGUUAUAUUACCCUCCGGAGAAGAGAACAGAAAGACAUGCGGAUGGAAUAUUAAAUAAAGCCUUAAGGAGAGUGUUGGGGCAGAUACGGACAAGAACAGUCGUUCAGUCCUUGAUCCACUCGAAACGCUUUGGUGGCAGCAGUGUGGAGACGGACACAGAACCUCUGUCUAAGAGACAUUCCGAUGGCAUCUUCACCGAUAGCUACAGCCGUUACAGGAAACAGAUGGCUGUCAAGAAAUACCUGGCAGCCGUCCUGGGGAAAAGCCAUGAAGAUAUUAAUAUUGCCCAAAUUAUCGACGACAUAGACAUUGAUGCCCUGCUUAGGCUGCUUGAAGGGGAUUGUGAUAGUGAUUUGGGAGGAUUGCUGCAGCAGAUCCUCUUGUCGGUGAGUUACGGUAGAGGCUGUUUUCACACGAGACAAAUUUAAUCGAGGGGGAGGGGGAGGGGGGGAGAUGGCCUCAGAACUAAAGCUCUUAACAUUUUAUGCCGAUCAAUUUUGAUGUAACCUCUUAAGAUCACGUGCGUCCAGUCACCACAGCACAAGGUAACAGUGGAUGUAAGUUACAGCUGUCAGUGAAGGAGGCCCUUUGGCUUGUGGACUGUGUGCUGGUUAUGUUAGAACUUGGUUAUUCUGUUCACCAAAUAGGGCAAAGCAAAGCGAGGGAAGGAGUUUGGAACAAUGACCAUGUUUCAGCAUUUAACCCCAUACCCUGUCACUUGAAGUGUUUUCUUGUACUGAGAGCAAUCGAAUCUAUGUGUAAAGAACUGUUUGGUUUUGCUCAAGCUUGUGUGUGUGUGUGU